AUGGUCGUGUCCGAAUCAGAAUCCGAGUUUGUGCCUGAGUCUGAACCGCAACCUAAGAAAAAGCAGCAGGAAGCUACUGAAGGAAAUCUACUUAUAACUCAUGCCCAUGACACAGAGGUUGAGGUAAACCCUGACAGCGAAGAGGAAAGAGAAAACAAACCCAAGGAUCUGGAAAAAAAUCAAGAGGAUAUAAGUAGUUCAACGAGGGAGGACACAACAAGACCUCUAGUUCUAGAAGAACGGCACUCGCUGUCUAUAGCUGAAACAAAAAAGCGCAGGGCCUGUGUAUUUACCAACGAAUUACUCUUUAUACCCAAGGAACUUGCUCGCAGUGAGCUUCAGCAGCGCACAAGGACUCUAAGUAGAUACACCAAGAAUAGGGAUUACCAUCUUCGAAUGUUGAAAUAUCCCGUGGGAUCAGGUCGUGCACGGUACUUGGCCAAACAAAUGAAGCAAGCUCGCCAUUCUACAUCCAAAGAACGCGAUAAUCAAUCUGAAACGAUAGAAUGCACUGCUAGUAUUAAACAGGAAGAGUUCAAAGAUGAGGAAUCCCAAAACUCAAAUGAGUUACCCCUGAGUAUGCCAGAUUUGGGUGGUGAAAGUGGAGAUAAAAACCAACUGACGGCUGAUAAUGAAAUGAGCAUAUUUUUAUUUGAUUUUGUGAAGAAAGAGGCCGAGACUAACAAAGAUCUGGAGGAGAUAAACCGGAAAUACCUUCAAAGUCAGCGGGAAAGUGUGAUAAGAACCAGCAGCACAAAACGCCAUCAUUAUCCCUAUCUAAGCUGGCACAAUCCAGAACGAGAAGUCAAAAAUAUUAAGAGGGAAUUUGUGGAGCAGUGGAACUCCAAGGAGAAGCCUGAUAUUCAAGAGGGCUAUUGUGAAACGAAUGAUAUAAGUCCCACAGAGUGCAAGCAGGAAUUCACGGGAAUAGAAGAACAAGCGCAAGAAUAUAUCCAAGAAUUUGGAAACCCUGAACAGAUUGAAGAGCCCCCCGAUAUAAAGCCUCAGUUAGAGCAACCGGCUACAAUCAGUUACUUCUGCCCUUCUUCCCAGGUAACCCAUGAAAUUGAACAGCAAGUUACUGAAAUGCCUGCCAAUAUCAUUACUCCGAUAACAUCUGGAUCCCCUGAAGAUCCUGGACAAACAGCUCUGCGUCAGCAGUUAAUGCAUCACAUUGUCCAACCGAAUUUCCACAACGAGGAAGUAUAUAACUCCAUUAAUUGUAACAACAACGCCAUCGAUAGAGUCAAUCAAAAUCUCAGAGAACAUCAGUUUGUUGAGGUAUCUGUAGCCAAUGAGCCAACUCUUCAGUGGAAUCCACAAAAUGUUGUAAAUUACACAAAUGAAUCAUUUCACAAUCAACAAUUGCAAAUUCAGCAGCAAUAUCUGCAACAGCAACUUAAUUAUUCAUCAAACCACCAGCAACAGGAAAUUAUUUACCAGCAACAUCAGCACGAGGCGGGGGAUAAACUGCAGCAAAUGAGGGUCAUGUAUCAAGAGGUCAAAUGCCGGGAGAAGGAGCAAAUGCAUCAGCUAAGCAACUCCUUAAAGAAGAUCUUGGAUGAACGAAUGACCUGCGAACGCCAGCAUGCAGAGGAGAACCGUUUGUUUCUGCUAAAAAUUGAGCACUUCAAGAAGGUGGAGGCAAAACUAAAGUUGGAUAAGGUGCAGCUCCAACGUCAACUAAGAUCCGAUUUAAGGACUUUGGAGCUGAGAAUUGCUGACCUGCAGCGCCAGCAGGAAGAAAAAGCAUAUACCUAUUCAUGGCAGCAAUAUCAGCAACAAAAUCAACAGCAACCUCAACAGCAACAUUUCAUGCAUCAUCCAAAUGGCCUUGAAAACCAGGCGAAUUCAGAGCCAUAUAUGAUGCAGCAACAUUCAUUCCUAUACAAUACACCACCCUAUACGAGUAUAUACCCAACUUCGUAUCAAGAAUCGAUUGUAUAUCAACAGAGCACAAAUGCAUAUCGCAAUCAGCAUUAUUACCCUGCAGCCCAGUCCCAGACAACAGCAGUUGAUCUGCAGAGAAGAUUGCUCUUGCCACCGCCUCCAUAUUCCCAGUCCAAUAGAAGGACCUCGACUGAAGUUAGUUCUACUUCCAGAAAGGUGAAGCAUCGCCAUCUAACCGCCAACCAAACGUUAGAUCCAUAUCCUGCCCCAAUGAGAGGUUGUCCUUUGCCACCAGCAGCUGAGAUCCUGCAAUUACAGAGAAAUCCCCAAAUCAUUCCAUCCGCUACCCAAGCCCAUGAGCCCAGAAACGCCGAUCUCGGUAUUACCCCUGUCAUGGCCACUUAUGUCGCAAAUUUUAUGAAUAGCCGAGCUGAUAGAUAA